UCGUCUCCAGCUGUUACGGUAAUAAGAAACUGCUGUUCCUCAGCUGAUAUGAGGCAUCCAUCCCCCCUGCAGAAUCAGACUGUUAAGGAUAGAGCCCACCGCCUCACUCUCAGUCUAGGAGAACAACACCAAUGAUCAAAGAUCCAAUAUGUUAGACAAUGACGAGUACAGGUUGGAGACUUCCCCACGGGAACUCAUGCAGAACCCGCUCAGGAAGAUCUGGAUGCCGUACAGGAACGGACACAUAGCUCAGAGACGGGUGUGUAUGACAAAUUGCCCGACCGUCAUCGUGACUGUCGGACUUCCAGCCCGAGGGAAGACUUACAUCUCAAAGAAGCUGACGCGAUACUUGAACUGGAUAGGUGUGCCAACCAAAGAGUUCAACGUCGGCCAGUAUCGCAGAGAGUGUCUGAAGAUCUACAAGUCCUUCGAAUUUUUCCGUCCAGAUAAUGAAGAAGGUUUAAAAAUCAGGCGGCAAUGCGCCAUGGCAGCUCUGAAUGAUGUCCGACAGUACCUGAGUGUAGAAGGAGGACAGGUGGCGGUCUUUGAUGCUACAAACACAACAAGAGAGAGGAGAGGGACCAUUGUCAAGUUUGCUGAGCAGAAUGGGUAUAAGGUGUUUUUUGUGGAGUCUGUGUGCGAGGACCCAGAUGUUAUCGCGCAAAAUAUUGUGCAAGUGAAGCUGUGCAGCCCAGACUACAUCGACUGUAACACAGAGGAGGCCAUUGAGGACUUUAUGAAGAGGAUCAAGUGUUACGAGUCAUCCUACCAGCCUCUAGACGAGGAUCUCGAUAGGGAUCUAUCCUACAUAAAGAUCAUGGACGUAGGUCGACGUUACCUGGUGAACCGCGUCAUGGACCACAUCCAAAGCCGAAUAGUCUACUACCUGAUGAACAUCCACAUUACACCACGCUCCAUCUACCUGUGCCGUCAUGGGGAGAGUGACCUCAACAUCAAGGGGCGCAUCGGGGGAGAUUCUGGCCUUUCUGCUAGAGGAAAAGAGUACGCCAAAAGACUGAGGAAAUUCAUCCAGGAGCAGAAAAUCAAAGAUCUCAAAGUGUGGACGAGCCAGAUGAAAAGGACGAUCCAGACAGCAGAAUGCCUCGGAGUCCCCUAUGAGCAGUGGAAGUCUCUCAAUGAAAUUGAUGCUGGUGUCUGUGAGGAGAUGAUGUAUGAGGAGAUCCAGGAGCAUUACCCUCUGGAGUUUGCACUGAGAGACCAGGACAAGUACCGCUACCGCUACCCUAAAGGAGAAUCUUAUGAAGACCUGGUUCAGCGACUGGAGCCUGUGAUCAUGGAGCUGGAGAGGCAGGAGAACAUUCUGGUUGUUUGUCAUCAGGCUGUCAUGCGCUGUCUUCUGGCAUAUUUCCUGGACAAGACGGCAGAAGAGUUGCCUUAUCUGAAGUGCCCUUUGCACACUGUGCUGAAGUUGACCCCCAUGGCUUAUGGAUGUAAAGUGGAGUCCGUGUAUUUAGGCGUGGAGUCUGUGAACACACACAGAGACAAACCAGAGAGUAUAAAUCUUUGACAUGGCAGAAGCAGCCGUGUUCAGUCUCCAUCUACCUGUGAUCACUCAAGGCAGCCCGACAACUGUGACUUCACUUAGCAAUGACACUCCUACCUCCAUCCUGACUUUCUCUCUCCAUUUUUACCCUCAGUGGCAGCAGAAAUUGGAGGCAUCAUGCUGUUUAUUUUUUACACUUUGGUCUUUUCCUACAAUGACCCUGAGAGCUCAACACACCGAAACUUGAGAAAGCGCAGGGAUAAAUAAAAGCAAAUUUGGUGAUUCGAAAUGAAUAAUCAAAAGUGAGGAAAAUAACCCCAAUUAAGAAAAGAUGCUGUGAGUCGUAAGAAAUGUAAUCUAAAUGAGUUAAUUUCUGUUUUUCAUAACAUUAAUUGCGUGAUUUAUGAUUUGUUAGUGGUUAUUGUAAACUGUGAUGUUAACUUUUAAUCCCUUAGUCCAUAACUUGUCUUUACCAUUAACUAAGCUUAUCAAAGUAACAGGUAAAAAUCAAACAAUAUAGAUACCCAUUUCAGUAUCACAGCAACAAAGAUAAUUUCUUGAUUUAAUUAUGAAAAUACAGGCAAACUCCAGCACACUGUGUGAAUGCACUAAUAUGUUUCCAGUGAAUUAGUGUUCCUUAUCUUGAAGGUAGACUUUAGUUAAAAAAAAAAAAAAAGCAUUUGGUAUUGAAAGGUACCAGACUUUUGGCAGCUUUACUACUGACAGAUAAAAUAUUUAUAAAUGACCUCAUCAUAGUUAACUCGCCUCUCCAGACAUUUUCAGUACUUUGACUGUCCCUGAGGAUUUCUGUUGGUUCAUUUAGUUUUCUGACUCCCAGUAUUGCUAUGGGUGGUUGUGUUUUCUUUAUUUACAGUGUUUUUUUUCUUUUUGUCAGAUGGGUGAUGAUGUUUUUCUGUGCUUUCUUCAGUUUUUCACUAUUUACAGAUGUUUUGUGUAACUACAGAGCAGUCCAGCUUCAUGUUUUCAACAGUUUCAAUAUCGUUCUAACUCUACAUGGCUGGUAUUUUGCUUCAUCACUGUGUGUGCUUGUUUGUGUGUGUGUGUGUGUGACAGAAUAAAUAGGACAGUGAUUGAAUUAUUUUACAUGAGAACAAGCACAUUCAAAAUGAUCUUUUUUUCCCAUAAUUAAAAACCAUAGAGAAUUAAAAAAUACAUGCAUUUGAUUACAAACGUGAUCUUGAUAUGUUUUUUGUAUGAACAUGAACUCAUCAAUCCGUGUGUUAUACAAUCUUGAUUAUUUUUAACUUGUGUUUACAUGUGACGUUAUAUUAAACAUCAAUUGUUUCUUUUUUUCUCUUUUUUUGACUGCUUUCAUACCAGUAAUAUUAUGCCUUAGUUAUCCUUUGUUUUUUAUCUAAAUACGAAGGAUGCUUUACUUAGUCUUAGAUGUUCAUGUUCAUCAUAGAAUCAUCUCUUACAUUGUUCACUGUUUUUUCUUAAACAAAUGCAUAAAUAAUUAAACAAAAUGUGACAUUUUUA